GCCCAAAGAUUUGUCCGAGCAGUUUCAUCGGAGCAUCCUAAAGCUCACCAAAAAAAUAAAAAUAAAUAAAAGACCAGAGCGUUCAAUCAAAAGUCUCCUCUUCUUCUUUUUCUCUCUCUCCGUCAAAAUGGCUGACGGCGGUAUAACUGUCCUUGACGGAACCCAACUACUCAACGCCGAUCUCCGUCUCCCACUCCCUAACGGCGCCGUCACCGGAUCCCAACUGAUCCCUCUCUGCGAAUCCGAGGCGUCCGCUCACCUCUUCGGCCUCUCCCUGCCCGUUUCCGCUAAGUCCGCCGUCAUCCAGAGACUUAACGGUAACGGCGAUUUGCGUUCUAAGGAGUUCGGCGAGGGAGAAUCUCAGAAAGCCAUGAUCAAGGAGUACCUUGUUACCCUUGCUGAUGAACUGAAAGAUGAUCCUCUUGUUAUUUCAAUUUUGGAUGGACAUGCUCUUCGAGUUUUCAUGGAUGAUGAAGAUGAUUUUGCUAUGUUGGCAGAAAGUCUUUUCACUGAUCUCGAUGUAGAUGAUAGAGGAAAACUCAGCAAAAAUGAGAUACAAAAUGCUCUGGUUCACAUGGGAGUGGGAAUGGGGGUUCCUCCUUUUUCGGAAUCCAGAGAUCUUUUAGAUAGCAUCUUAAAGGAACAUGGAGCUGAAGGGGAAGAACAAUUGGGACAAUCACAAUUUGCUGAAUUACUGCAGACCGUCAUACAGGACCUUGCAGAUGCUUUAUCCAAAAAGAAUGUUACCGUCAUUCGGAAUAUUAAGGUCAUCAAUGGUUCUAAGCUGAAGAAGAUUUUGGCCGAUGAAAACCUUCUUAGCAGUGUGCUGGAGAGCAUGUUCCAGGAGUGGGAUACUACAACAAGAGGAGCAGGCAACAAGGAGAAGUUAAGGGCUAUUAUAGAGUCAAAAGCACCAGAAUUGAGUCUUCCCCCGUCUGAAACCAGUGAAGCAACAGUUCUUCUUUACGAUCAGGUCUUCGAAAAUGUUAGUGAAGAAACUGGAAGUUUAAACAGGUUUGCAUUUCUCAAGACUGUCAAGACCAUCUUAGAGAUGUUUGCAGACCAACUGGAAGCAAACCCAAUUUUCGUUGAUUUUGAGAGUUGAAACAAGUUGGGGUUUCCUAGCCUUUGAUUACCUUGUUGUUGUUGUUGUUGUUUUUUCUAUACAUUACAUAUCUUCAGCUAUCUACAGGUGUUAUAAUCAUUUAAAAUGAAAACUUCAUUUCUUCUUUUUCUUUGAAAUAA